AUGAGCUUAUCUGAUGAAUUAUUUCAAGAAUGCCUUAAUGAAGAUGAAUUAUUUCAAGAAUGCCUUAAUGAAGAACGUAUUGAAUUUUACGAGUAUUCUAAUUUCAAAGAUGUUAAAUUGAUAAAAGAAGGUGGAUAUGGAAUAGUAUACAGUGCUACUCUCAAAAGUAAAGAAAUUACCAUCGCAUUAAAGUCGUUUAAAAGUAAUGUAGCUAUUGAAGAAGUCGUUAAAGAGCUUAAAUUACACCGUUUAACUGUAGCCAUUAUGAAUGGUACACGAGAAUCCAAUAUUGAAGGAACACCAUCAGAAUAUAACAAGAUUUAUACCGAUUGUUGGCAACAAGAUCCUGAUAGCCGUCCAGACAUUCAGCAAGUCUUUUUGAAUCUAAGAGAUUUAAAUUGUAGGCGGACUAUAAAUAGGAUUGCUCCAAAUUUAAAUGUACCAAAUGUUCAUGAAUUAACUCAAAUUGAUCCAAGUAAUUUGCUAAGCAUGGUUAUUCCUCUCUCGCCAAUAUUAAACCAUGAUGAUG